AUGUCAAAAUAAUUAAUAGAGAAUGACGAAAUAUCAUCUUUUAUAGACGUUAUAGUAAACGAUAUAUCUGAAGCAUUAUCAAAAUCAAAAUCAGACUCUACCUUUAUUCUUACUCAAGUUGGAUGGGACCAUAUAAAAAUUGGAGAUUUGUUUUUCAAAUACAAUUCUAUUGAUUAAGUAUUCAUAAAUUUAGGGUUGUCACAUUAAAUUUAGAAUCAAUAUUAUAAUGAACCUAAUUUAUGCUCUAUAUGUAUGACAAAUUAAAUUAAUAUAUCAUUAUCUUGUAAUCAUUAAUUUUGUAAUGAUUGUUUGAAUAUGCAUAUUGAAGAAUAAUUAAAAAAUACAGGCUUUCUGAAAUGCUUAUAUUUUUAAUGUAAUAAAAUUAUUCUAACGAUUUUCUAUUCACAUUUAGUUAGAGAUAUUUUUAGGUUAUGUUAUAAUAGAAAUCAACAACUAUAUGAUAUUAUUUUUUCUAAUUUAUAAAGCAAUCUAAUAUAUUAUUAUUUGAAAAUAAUUUUUACAAUAAAACUAAAUUAUUUUCUAAAUAUUAUAAAUAUGCUAAUCAAGUAUAAAAAUUAUAUCAUAAUUUAAGUUUUUGGAUGAAUAUUUAGAUUAAUUCAAUCAGGAAAAAAAGUAAUUCAACUGAUUUAAAAUGA